AUGGCAGCGGCGAUCGAUGCCGAUGUGGUUCACGGGUUCAUCAUGCUGGGCGAUUUGGAAGGCUUGCGGGCGUUCGCGCCUCCCAAGUUCGACUGGACUCAGGCCAUAGGUGAGAAGGAGCUACUUGCACUGAUGUAUGUGAUUCAUUACAACCUUGCUCAGACAGAAGCCUUGCAAAAGCAAAGCCUUAAGAUGGUGGAAUGGCUCCUCAAGGUUGGAGCUGAUCCUCGACAGAAGCUUCCGGCCGAUCACCCUUUUCGAUGGCAGAUUCACAAGAACAGCAACCCGGAAGCUACGAAGCUCAUAGUUGCAUAUGGUGGGCAUUCUGCUGUUUCGCUUGCUUUUGCCUAUCUUCAGCAAGCGCAGAAGCGCACUGUCACAGGCAACGCGGACUGGUCACAACUGGAGGCGCAUCUCAAAGCCGUCCUUGCGAUUCUCUCGAGCUCCGCUGCAGCUAACAGCUCCUAUGGUGCAGAUGUCACAGUGCCUCGGAGUACCUUGGACUUGUGGGAGUCAAUGCGUGACUUGACCAUCUCGCAUAGAGUGAUUUUCGAAUGCUCAGACGGAAAGGUGUCGGCACACGACCAGGUCUUGAUGUUAGCUUCGCCCGUCUUGAAAGCCAUGCUCACGUCUGCAAUGAAGGAGGGCUCCAACUGGCUCAUUCAAGUUAAGGAUUCCUCAUCCUCGGGCGUCUCGCUCUUCCUGGAUCUGCUGUACACAAGCUCCACCCGUGAAGACCCCGACCACAGGACCAUGCUGGAGGCUUUGGACUUGGCCCACCGUUGGCAAAUCCAUGGAGUUGUGCGGACCCUGUGCAAGGCACUGUGUGACAUGAUCGAUGCCAAAAGCUUUGUGGCUGUCGCAGAGACUGCGUCACUCAAAGGGUUGGAUAUGCUAGCGAGAGCCUGUGUGCACUUCGGCUCCCAAGACGAGGAAGUCCAGGCGAUGCUCCAGAAAGGCAGUCUCCCGGCAGCUGUUCGGAAGCUGUUAGAGCCCGCGCAUGCAAUCAGUGGGGAGCAAGAUUGGAAGAGGCGAAGGGUUUUCUGCUGA